AUGAUCAAAGUGCCGGAUGUCCUGCAAAUUCGACAAUGUUUUGUGGAGCCUCAACUUGAAAUAUCAACUGAAAAAUCAUCUGAAUUAAAAACUACUGCGUUUUGGAAAGAUGAGAACGCUGUAAAGACACUCAUUUAUCAGUGGAAACAACAUCAACCUCUGUUUGAAAGUAGCUGCACUAGAAAUGAUGUUGUAUGGGCAAAAAUAAGUGAAGAGUUGAAAAAAACGAACAAUGCUUGGCAAUAUACUACUAAAAACUGUGAAAAUAAAUUUAAGAACAUAACUAAAGUGUACAAGCGUACAAAAGAUCAUAAUAAUCAAACAGGAGUUGAACCGAAAACCUGCAAAUAUUUUAAAGAAUUGGAGGAAGUGAUAGGAGAGAAACCUUGCCUAAAACCUAUUGCUUUAGCUUCAAAUUUGAAAAAAAGAUCUCAUUUAGCAGUAAUUUCAAAGAAUACAUCUAGUACUGAUACAACCAACGACACUGAUAAUGUAGAAAAUAGUAGAGUCCCAAUAAAAAAAUUAAAAACACGUAUGGAACGUGAAUUAGAAGUAUGGACAAAAAUGGUGAGCGAAGAAAACCGGAAACGUGAUGAAGCCAAAGAACGAAGGCACAAGGAGUUAUUGGCACGUCAAGAUAAAGCCCGAGAGACGUACGAACAGUUUAUGACAAAACUCCUCGACAAACUGUGA